AUGGUUGAGCCUCAGCCUACUACGACAGGUGCAUCUGUGCCACCAACGACGACAACGAUACCGACGAUCACUACCACAACAGAUGUACCAUCCAUCAUUCCCCCUGACCAUUCUUCUGUCACAACCCCAGCAGCAGGAACAACAACUUUCAAAUCCCACCCACCAGCCACCACCACCACAACUCGCUCCCCAAAAUCAGGCGGCGGCAGUGGUAAAGGCGGCGGCGGCGGCAACGACAACGGUAGCGACGACAAUACCACCCCUCCCCCCUCUCCAACAACAACACCUCCAAACGACCUCGCAUCCUCCGACAUGCAGCAAUCCUCAGGCUCCGGCCCUUCGACAGCAACCAUCGCCGGGAUCAGCAUCGGCAUCCUCGCAGGAGUAUUCGUCAUCCUCGGCGUCAUGCUCGUCUGGCGGAAACGAUCCCAACGCAGGGAAAAUCUCGAUCUUUUCUAUGGUACUACCCUUGCUGCCGCCAGUGGCUUCCAACCCAGCUCAGACGGCACAGGCACAGGUGCAGGGGUAUCCUCAUCGGCGGAACAGCCUAUUUAUGGACGAUCCGCGCCCGAGGAAGAAAAGUACGAAAUGAAUGGUGCGGCUGCUCUUAGUAGGAACGCUUCUUCGAACGCCCCUCGUCGCAGUCAGAGUCAUACCAGCAACCACAACAAGUCUCCCAUGCCUGCCUCGGCACCACCACCCCUGAUGCCCAUGCACCCUCUCCCCACCGCUGCCACUGGUCAAGAUACAUCCUACUACCAGCAGCAACAAGAUUCUUACUAUCAAAACCAGCAAUACCAUCAACAACAUCAACCUCAGCAUGAGGACUAUUACGCCUCCCAACAUCAACAUCAACAGCCUCCGAAACGGAAGCCAUCUUACAGACUCCCUCGUCACCACCCUGCCUUUGACUACGAGUCUGAAUACGAUCACCAGUACGGUCAGCGUUAG